AUGUGCAAAGCUCCUAGUCGCAAAACCUCCUCUCCUGCCCUCCGAGCUCCUACCCUGGCCUCGUGCGGCAGGCUCAACGGCUCGCGCUUUCUUUGCUCCCUUGCCCGCCCACCUCCUCUGGCCGCGAACGGGCCGGAGGCAGCCAGCGCUGCCCGGCAGGGCAGAACCAGCCUCUUAACCUUCCUGGUGGCCCUAAGACACAGAAAUCAAGGAGAACAGCACAUUUGCAGAACUGGUAAAUUUGGUUAUUAUUUUGGCUAUAUUGAUAGUGAGGGCAGAAACGUAACUCGGGAACUCAGUGGAGGAGUGAGUGAUGGCAAAGGCUCAAAAGAAGUGAAAUUAAAACUGCCUGAAGAGCUGGGAUUUGUUGUACCUGUAUCAGUUCACAGCUCAUUUGCUUUACUGAUGCCACCUCCUGCCAGCAGAGACAUGGCCCAGAAAAGGACUGAGCCAUAUAUCACGGCAGAAGGUGACAACGGUCACCAGGGUGCAGUCUGCAUGGAAACCAGCCCGUGCUGCCAGUGGGUACCGCCAGUCCACAGCUUCUGUACAGCUGUGUCCGAGUUGUACCGAUUGCAUCCGGGCCCUGACGUACGCCAGGCGGUGCCGGCUGGGGAGCUGUGCCCCGUCAGGCGCUCCUGGGCAGUCUUUGGGCAUGGGGUUCAGUGUGGUGACUUCCCUCAUCUGCUGGUAUAUGGACCAUCAGGAGCUGGAAAAAAGACUAGAAUAAUGUGUUUGCUAAGGGAGUUGUAUGGUGCAGGUGUGGAAAAACUGAGGAUUGAACAUCAAAGUAUAACGGCACCUUCCAAAAAGAAAAUUGAAAUUAGCACCAUUGCAAGUAACUAUCACCUUGAAGUGAACCCAAGUGAUGCAGGAAACAACGACCGUGUAGUAAUCCAGGAGCUUUUGAAGACAGUAGCACAAUCCCAACAGCUUGAGACAAGUACUCAAAGAGACUUUAAAGUGGUGCUGUUAACAGAGGUUGACAAACUUACUAAAGAUGCUCAGCAUGCUUUGCGAAGAACUAUGGAAAAGUACAUGGCCACCUGCAGGUUGAUCCUGUGCUGCAACUCCAUGUCAAAAAUUAUUGCACCUAUUCAAAGCAGAUGCCUGGCCGUCCGAGUGCCUGCUCCCAGCAUUGAAGAUAUCUGUCAUGUGCUGUCCAGUGUGUGUAAGAAGGAAGGCCUGACUCUCCCUCAGGAGCUGGCUCAGAGGCUUGCGGAGAAGUCUGGCAGGAAUCUUCGUAAAGCAUUGCUUAUGUGCGAGUCCUGCCGAGUACAGCAGUAUCCUUUCACUCCUGAUCAAGACAUUCCUGAGAUGGACUGGGAGGUAUAUUUGAGAGAAACUGCAAAUGCUAUUGUCAGUCAACAGACACCACAGAGGCUUUUAGAGGUUCGUGGACGACUUUAUGAACUCCUAACACACUGCAUUCCUCCUGAGAUCAUUAUGAAGGGCCUCCUGUCAGAACUUCUAAAUAACUGUGAUGGACAAUUGAAAGGAGAAGUUGCACAGAUGGCAGCCUUCUAUGAACACCGUCUGCAAUUGGGCAGCAAAGCCAUUUAUCAUUUGGAAGCGUUUGUGGCAAAGUUUAUGGCAAUUUACAAGAAGUUUAUGGAGGAUGGACUAGAAGACAUGAUGUUCUAACACUGAUACUGAAAGUUGUAUAUAGUAGGCUAUGUCAUGAUACUAACAGCUUUGCUAACAACAUGACCUACUUGUCCGUGAUUGAUGCAAGCGGGCUUAGUUCAAAGACAAAUAUUUUAUUUUGCUAUUAAUAUAAAACACAGUGAACUAAAGAACAGUGUUUGCUCAGCUUUAGAAACUAGAUGAAUUGUUUAAAAAGGCAGCAAAUUCAUCUUUAGAGCCGUAGAAAAUGUGUUCAGCUUUUUUGUGCUAGCCUUUCAGAAGGACAAGAAGUUGCUUCGGAAGAUGUAUGAGAUCAUAGUCUGCACUAUGUGUUAGUUCACUUCAAGAAAGAACAUAAAUGCUAUGUGCUGCUUUUUGAUUGCUCAAGCAAAAGAUGAUUUUUUCCAUGUUGUGGUAAGUUCCAAUGUGAGCAUUUAUGUCCUGCCUACUUAUUUAUACAUCUCAUUGUUUGUUUAAAGGUUUUUGAGGUGCAAAAAAAAAAAAGCCACCUGAAAAACUUUU